UAGAGACAAUACAACAUUCUAGAGGCAGUACAUUCUAGAGGCAAUACAUUCUAGAGACUAUCACAACAUUAUAGAGACAAUACAACAUUCUAGAGGCAAUACAACAUUCUAAAGACAAUACAUUCUAAAGACAAUACAUUCCAGAGAGAAUACAUCAUUCCAGAGACAAGCACAACGUAUAGAGACAAAUACAAUAAUAUUCUAGAGCCAAAUGCAAUUAUAUUCUAGAGACAACAUUCUAGCGACAAAACAAAAUUCCCGAGGUAACUACAAUAAUAUUCUAGAGACAAAUUAAACGACAUUCCAGAGACUAAUAUAACAUCCAGAAACAAUACAACAUUUCAGAAACAUAUACAACAUUAUAGAGACACAUUAUACAACAUUCCACAGACAAAAGCAGUGAUGUUUUAGAGACAGAUUAUACAAUAUUCCAGAGACUAAUCUAUACAAUUCCAGAGACAAUACAACAUUUCAGAGACAAUGUAAUCUUACUUGCGAGGUUCAUUAAAUUAAUGGCCUGUCCAACUUUGAGUACUCUGUCAAUACCCUUCCGUGAACUUCGCAAGUAUUUAUUUCGUAAAACUGACUUCGUGGUAUGAUGCCUUGUCCAAAGAGGUAAAAUAGGACACCAAAAAAAAGUAUAAACAAAGAUUAUAAUUAUCUCACGUCAGUUGUGUUAUGGUUUAGAAUGGUACAGGUUUGAUUAACACCUCUUUCAACACUUCACGUGGAAGCUCCUCUUUCAACACUUCACGCGGGAUCUCUGAUUAUAAUUUUCAUCUGCGAUAACUAAAGUAGUGGCCGCAGUAACUCAAGGCCAUAAAAACUAAUUCGUUGAAUAACCUAAGUAAGUCUAAGAACGUACCUAUGGAGAUUCGACAAAGGUUCGAUUGCAUUUCUACUCAGCACGAUUAUCACCAUUUGUUCUUGCUCUCCGCCCUCGCAUAGACGAUUAGCUGUGAUAAUAAUAAUGAUAUUGCCCAGGACAAGAUGGCAUUGAACUCAAACGACAUUGGUAAUCUCGUCAAGAUGUCGUGGCAAUGGCAAGGACAUCCAGCCUUAGGUGAUGAGAGGCUUCUAUUGCACAACGCUGUAUGGUAUCACUAAACGUCACUAUAAACAUAGACAGAGUGACCAUGUUAAGGAAAGGCUUUAUUCAAAGUAUUUCGGAAAUUCUGUUGGAACUCUCUUCACCAUACGUACUGAAUCGUCUGAAAAUGAGUACAAAAAAGCUGAAAAAGUAAGGCGGAAUUCGAAACAACUACAACAUGAGGCUUUGCACCUCAGAUGUGUAUCUUCCUUACUAAGGAGAAAAAUACUCAACGCUAUUAGAGAUCAGCGUUUCUCUUCGUUUCAAGCAAUUUCCCGGGGGGAAAAACUAACGAGUUAUUCGAAGGACAUCUAUAAACGAAGAAAGUGUGUAUCGAAAUGCAGUGAGUGCGGUACAAAAUUUAACAAGCUGAGGUGAGAGUUACUGCACUUCUCCAAGAUGGCUUCCUGCAAGUCUACCCUGUACGGCAUGGGCUGGACCAUAGCAUCUAUGCUCCGAGCCAAGGUCAAGGGACAGCCCGUGGCACAGUUUCUAGGUCACAGAAUGGACCCCCAAGAACGGAUUUUUCUGGAUGCUGUGGAAAAGGGAGACAAGCCUACGGUUAUCCGUUGCCUCACUGGAUCUGAUCCUGUUAGCGUGAAUUGCACAGACAUGCUCGGGCGGUCUGCCAUACAAAUUGCAGUGGAUAACGAGAACAUUGAACUUGUGGAGUUAUUACUUCGUCAAGAAGGCGUGAAAAUAGGGGAUGCCCUGCUUUACGCCAUACGAGAGGGGGUGUACCGCAUUGUGGAGAUGUUGAUAGAGCAUCCUUCAAUAUCACGUGACAUGCUGGGUGCUGAUUGGUCCAAAAACCGCCUCGUGGGAGACGAAAGCUUUGACUACUCCCCUGAUAUAUCACCUGUGAUACUGGCCGCCCAUUGUAACCAGUUUGAGAUCCUCCAACUUCUUCUGGUGCACGGGGCGACCAUCGACAGACCGCACCAGCUCUCGUGUUCUUGCAAGAGAUGCCAGGCCAAAGUUCAUGCUGACAGUUUGACAUCCUGUGUCGUGAAAGUUAUAGAAAGGAUGCACGCUGAAAGAAUUUACUACCUGUCAGAGAAGAAUGAAUGGAUUGCAGAUAUUCAGGCAGGCUUUCACCAAGGUCAUAGCUGCACGGACCAGACCAUCAGAAUCUGUCAAGAAAUUGAGGAUAGUUUUCAACAAAAGCCAACAUUCCAUCGAUCAGUCCUAGUCCUCCUGGACUACUCCAAGGCAUAUGAUACGAUCGAAGGGAAAAAGAUACCAUUCAACCCCACUCCACGUCUGCUGGGUGUCUACCUGGAUAGACAGCUAACCUUCAACAAGCACAUUGAGGAGGUGUCCAAAAGUGCAACCUCUAAAAUGAAAGUUAUCGAUGCUGUCAGCUACUCAAAAUGGGGCUGGGAUAAGGAGUCCCUCAAGAAAUUCGUGGCCCACCCCCACUGCCAGCAGCUCCUCACCUCUGUCUGGUAUGAAGGUCUGCCGGGAUGGAGAAAGAGGAACGGCAUCAUGAAAUUUCUCACCUGCAUAGGUCUGAUCCUGAUCUUGCCCUUUAUGUCCCUCUAUUACCUCAUCUUUCCGAGGUCCAAGAUAGGGCAGUUAUUGAGGUCACCUUUCAUGAAGUUUUUAUACCAUAGGUGUUUUGUAUGGGCAGAAUGCAAACAACUGUGGGACGAGGGCCUGAAAGCGUACAUCCGACAGUGGUGGAAUUGGCUGGACUUCCUAAUGCUCUCUCUCUACUUGGCUACCUUUUCCCUGAGAGUUGUUGCCUACUUCCAGGUAUGUGAAAUUGAGUCGGGGAAGUACGGCCAGCGAGAGAUGAAAAGAAAAGAUUGGCCACAGAACGACCCAACACUCAUCUCAGAGGGCCUUUUUGCUAUAGCAAAUGUCUUCAGUUUUGCAAGAAUCAUCUAUUUAUUCCAGUACUGUGCCUCAGACACAGAGGUGGAACAUUCCAUCAUUCUGCUGUUCAAAAGCUACGUGACGCUGUUCUGGUCCAUGUUCAGCCUGACCACGCCCAGCAAGCUGGAGAUCGAGGCCACCCAGAGCUUCACCAUGACUGUGGGCGAACUGCUCUUCAUGGCCUACCACGCCAUGGCCAUCAUCGUCCUACUCAACAUGCUCAUCGCCAUGAUGUCCAGCUCCUUCCAGGAGAUCGAAAACCACGCCGACAUGGAGUGGAAGUUCGCAAGAUCCAAACUCUGGAUGGGUUAUUUCGACGAAGGAUCAACCCUACCUUCCCCGUUCAACUUGAUCAUCAGCCCGAAAUCAGUGUACUAUCUGGCUAUGUGGAUGAAGAAGCUUGUCUUCUGCUGUGUCUGUCGCAGACGGCCAGACUACGCCACAAGACGCAGAAAGUCGUCGGAGGGAACCAUUCGGACCAAGGGCAGUGCUGAGAUCCACGUCAACAAUGAGCCAGAAAGGCCAACCUUCAACGGAAGAGUCAACUCCACUCGGCUGACCACUGUGCCACCAGCACAAAGCGAGGCUCAGCAAUAUCAA